ACAUUUGCGAAACCUUAGAGUAUAUAGAACUGGAACUAAUGGCAAGUGAGACGUAAUCAACACGGAAAAGUCAGCAGCUGUACCACAGUGGCGUCAUCAUGUUGACAAAUGAGCGAAUGCUAGUUGGUCAGCGAGCGUUAGCUUUACCGCUCCAUUCAGACUAACAGAAGACCAGCUAACGUAACAAAAUUUUGCACACACAGAACAAACAUGUUUACUUCCCAGACUUCUUCGAUCCAGGAUUCCUUUGACGUUGAAGACAAGGAUACGGAUUUUGACAAUGAAGAAAUUGUGGGCUAUAAUCAGAAAACACAGCAGUUAAACUGCUAUUAUUCAAUCUAUUUCUAUCAAAGUACUAGAUCAGAGGCAGCCGACGUCCAGUUGGCUAGGAGUCACAGAAGAACUGAGUCCACAACAAGUGAGGAUGACUUUAGUCUCUCAUUAGUAGACACGAGCUUGCCCUCGGAAGCUGAGCCGGAGUUGCGCUCCUACAUUUCCCGGAGGCUGAGCAAGGGGGCGCUGUUGGGCGGAAUGGGAAACAUCGCCACGGUGGAACUCAGUGUCCCUGAACAGGCGGUUGGGUGUUACUGCUGCCUGUUGGAGCAGGAGAGGUCACCGGACCAGCCAGAAGGAGAGGGAAAUGGGGACUACGUGGUGUGUUUCCUGGGAGGGUCCGAGAAGGGCCUCAACACAUUCAGACUGGAGCUGGAUAAGUAUGUGCAGGGGCUACAGAGCAGCCUCAGCCCGGAGCUGCCGAACCUGGAGACGGAGAUCAGGCCGUACCUGAGCCGCUGGUACGAGGAGUCCGUCCUGCACAUCUACAGAGUGGUGCAGCUGGUCCAGGGGAACAUCAGCUAUCUGCUCCACGCUGCUCUCAGCCACACCCACAUGGAAGUGACCGGUGCUGAUGAGAGAACCAAGGCUGACGUUGCCAGGUUCAUAAAGGCCGCCAGUCUGCAGGGCCUGGUUCAGGAGGACACGCCCUCCGCGUCGCUGUGCAAGGCCGUCUCCGAGGACUCUCACUCUGACCUGGUGAUGGACUGCUCCUCCACUCCACCCACCCUCACCAACGCAGUCAGCAACCGUUUCUGUGACGACUGGAUCCAGGCUUUCCUCAACGCGGCGGAGAGCUGCAACCCCUUCCUGCUGCGGCAGAUCCUGGAGAACUUCAAACUCAAGGCCAUCCAGGACAUGAACAACCUGAAGCGCUUCAUCCGGCAGGCGGAGAUGAGCCACUACGCGCUGUUCCGCUGCUGCCUGUUCCUGCAGGGCUGCGGGAACGGCGACGUGCUGCUGCAGAACGCCCGCGCCGAGCACAGCGGCCUGCUCGAGGCCUGCGGCAUCAUCCGCGUGCUGGAGGAGUUCCUGAGCGAGCAGGCGCAGUCUGCUAGCGCCGCCGCUAGCAGCGCCGCCGCCGCCGCCGUCGCGCGCUGACUCCUCCGGGCCAGCAGGGCGGCGACUGUCACCGCAGACCGGCCCUCGCUCCUUACACACGCACACUUCAGCUGCACGUCCCACAGAUCAAGGGCACCCAUCAUCAGGAUUAUCAUCUGUAUCUGCUCCAUCAUCUCCUAACCAGGUUAACUGGCUCCAGAGAAUAAGUUGUUGGUUCUCAAAUGUGGAGCAAAGCUAAUUUUAUUUUUUUUAAAUGACUAAAAGUACUAACUUAAUGAAAUUAAGUCAGAACUUCCUUUGGAGAGGACCAGCUGAAGACUAGUCCAGGAGACUUAAGUUUAGACUUUUCUGAGCCUUUUUUAACUGCCUCAUCCUGCUAAGUAAUAAUAGAGUAACAUGUAAAAAUCAUAUCUGUAAAUACCUGUGCUGUGUCUGGUGCCCAUUAACUCUGGUGUAAAUCUGACCUCUCAACAUUUUCAUGUCUGCUAAAUCGAACAAGACCAUAAAUUGUUAUAUAUAGUCCCUCUGAGUUCUGUAACCUUUGCGUGUGGUCCUGUAAGGUCCUAGGAUUUGUAAGCUGAGGUACAGUGUAAUGUUACAAGCAUGAAGUAUCUGGGUGACUUUUAAAACUACCCCCCCACCCAUCCCCAUUUUCUCCCCAUUCCAAACUUUCUCCCCAGUUUGGAACAGCUAGUCAUUGCCACACUGUGAUUCUCACGGCAGUCUCCGCAGUCGAUUUUACAGACGAGCAUGUUCUCUCCUCCAAAGCAUCUCACAGCUGCUUCUUUCUCAUAUUUAAAAAAGUUGGCUCACACAGACACACGUCAGAGGAAGACAUUUUGUGCAGCCCAGCAGUACCCAUUUGGACCAGUAGGGGGUCACUGGUGCGCAAGGAGACGGUGUAAUCACCACUGGCAUUUGUCUUGUCAUAACACUUAAAAGUCAACAGAAGGUUGAUCAAGAUCCUUAAGACAUUUUUCUUCCGCAACAUUUCAAAUAAACACCGUGCACUACAGGCAUAUGACGGUCAGGCGUAUGACAGGUUAAUCCUGUCCUGAAAUGUAUUGUCAUUGCUUUGAAGCUACGCCUCAUUGAGUAGUAGGCAUUUUGACUAUUUAAAAAAAAAAAAAAGUACAUUAUUGCCAUCAUUGGCAGAAGGUUUUUUUUGUGUUGUUAUUAAAGUAGCAUAGUGGAUGGUAAAUGAAGUAUGUUGUUUACAGUAAUUAUUUACAGUGUAUACUUUUUCCCCAACCCUGCGUCAUUGGAGAACUACAUCAUAUGCCUCCAUAUAAUGAUGCUCAAUACAUCUGUGUGAGUUAUAUUUUCAUACCCAGAUUUGUCUACGCUUCAGGUUGUCUUGUGAAAGCAGUAUGUAAAAUGAAAUAUGAAACCAAGUGUACUGUGAAGCGAAGGACUGCAGUCUGAUAAGAUUACAGAGGGGAGGUUGAGCUGCUCUCUCAACUCUCGCGGUGUCCUUACGGUGAAGAACACUACUGUUUUUGAAAUGUAUUUAAAUUUGUGACAUCAUUCCGGUGUGAUUCAGCUAACAUUGUGACUAAAGUCGUCUUGUAAAAGGAGAGAAAUAAACCUCAAAACGAUGAA